GUAAACUGCACCUGUUCGCCGAACAUCGCGAUCCCUGGCGAUCCCUCGGCAUGUAAACAAAGUUCAAAACACGGAACCGCACGCGAGGCGUGAGAUCGGGGAAACGUGAUUGCGAUCAAGUCGUCUCUCACGGGGCGUGCGAAUCAUUUACGGACGGGCGAAUUAUCGGAGGUUAUACACGCAGGUCGAACUCUCCAUGAACUCGAACGGGCUAAAGCUGCUGAAGAAGGCGGAUCCGUAUCCUACGCAGGGGGUGCGUUGCCAGAAGUGUUUAGAGAUGGGACACUGGAGUUACGAGUGCAAAGGCAAGAGGAAGUACCUACAUAGAUCCUCCCGUACCUCGCAGCUGAAGAAGGCCCUGCAGAAGCAAGAGGAUGGUGAUAAUCAAGAGCAAAAUAAGAAAUCAAAGAACCAUCAUAUCAAAAAGAAAAUAAAGAAGGAAGAAUCCAGCAGUUCGAGCGAGUUAAGCAGCAAAAAUUCCAGCUCUAGUGGCAGUAGUAGCAGCAGUUCCUCAUCGGAUAGUGAAUCGGAUUCUAGCGACAGUGUGUCUAGCAGCAGUAGUAACAGUAGUAGCAGUAGUAGUAAUAGUAGUAGUAGCAGCAGUAGCAGUAGUCACGGUUCUUAUCAAGACAAAUAACACAAAUUAUGAAGCAAAAAGAUUUUUUCUUAAUUGACCCAUUUCAUCUUUGACAAAAUGAUCAUUGUUCUAACUGCACAAUAUCAUUUUGCCUUUGAGUAGAUACACAAAAAAAAGGAAAAGCAAGCUGAAAUGUGAAGUAGAAUAUUUGUGAAAAAAAUUUUCUCGUAUAAGAUGUGUAAUUUGUUUACAGAUAUUUUUACCUUAAUGUAGAUAUGAAAUGUAUAUGCUUGAAAUGCAAAUUUUGAUGAAUAUUUUUUAAAUUUUAUAACCUAAUUACGUUAAUAAUUUUGUUAUGUUUCUUGUAUUCAAUUUUUAUAAGAUAUAUAUGGUACAUAUACACACACAAAAUUUAUACGAAACCAUUUUUCUCACAUUAUUUUGCGCGAAUCUGCAUCAAUAGCAAUUAUAUUGUUUCUUUCAUAAAGAUAUUUGAUAUUAAAUGUGUAAAUGUGAAAAUCAAUUGCAAGUAUUGUAUAGAAAUUGAUAUUUAAGGGUGUUCCAAAGUUCACUGCCAGUAUUGAAGGUUUAUGGUUCAUGUUAUGUAUAUCAUAGAUCUUCAAUCUUGACAGUAAUUUUGGAACACAGCUUAAAUGUGACGCAUUUUAUUUUUGGUACGCACAUAUAUAUAGAUAUAUGAAACAAUAACUGAUAUACUAGAAAUGUAAUAUAUUUAAUGACAACAUCGCAUUGAUUAUAUUUGUAUAACAGUAUUCAACAAUUGAUAAAGUGAUGUUGACGAGCAUUGUCAUACGUUACAACGCCAAUGUGUCGAUAUAAAAAUUUUUGGGAUAGAAAAAAAAAA